CUUUUAUCUUUUUAAAAUGGCAAAUGAUAGCAUCAUUAUUUCAAGAUCAAAAGUAGCGAUUGCAACAAUCAUUACUGCCUCUGUUCUAGGCACAUUUUACUACCGCUCAAAGCAUAAAAAGAAGACCAAGGAAUCAGAUAUAUAUCAAGAAAUCAUUGAAUCCUUACCAGAUACAGACCCAAUCAAACAGCAAGAGGAUGAAACGAAUAAUUUUCUUGGAAAUUUGUUCAAGAACGCCUCUGAUAUUGUACCUGCUUCCCUGGAAGAAUUCAAAUCAAAGAUGUCGUCCCUUUAUCCCGCUUUUGAACGUCAAUUAGAAAAUAUCCGAAAUAUGUACUCUAGUUUCUGGAACUACUUGUUCCUAGAGGACUUUCGCAAAAUUGUGAAGGAGUCAAUGAAAGAGGAUACUGAUACAAGCUUACAUCCUGAGAUUGAGCAGGAUGCUAAAGUACGAGAAGGACAGGACUUAUCAAAAGACGAGAUAGAAUAUGUAAAGAAAAGAAAGGAACGUAUGAAGGCAGCAUUCGCAUUCUUUAUUGGAGUUGAAGAAAGUGAAGUAGAGAUUGAGGAUAUACCGAAUAUUGGUAUCGCUUCUAGUGGUGGUGGAUAUCGUGCCAUGGUAGCAUGUUCCGGGUAUUUACAUGGCUUUUGUGAUACAGGUAUCCUUGAUUGCGUACUUUAUAUGGCAGGUGUCUCUGGAUCAACUUGGGCCAUGUCGCAAUUUUACAGUCCCUUGACUGAUGCAUCCGUGGAUACUCUCAAGCAUCACUUAUCGAGUAGAAUUCAUACACAUAUAGCAAAUCUAUCCAACUUUUUGGCUGUUCUCAACGCAUCUCGCCAUAAUGCGAAUAUUCUUUUACACGGAGUUAUUCAACGCUAUUAUCAGCAAAACAAUUCUAUCAGUUUAGUGGAUAUUUUUGGUAUGUUGCUCGGUGGCACGUUAUUAGCUAGAAAGGUUGUCGUGGAUAUGGAUGACGGAAAAGACGAAGACGAAGAGGAGGAGUAUAGUGAAGCAAUCAGUAUCAAGGAGAGCACAAGGAAUGUUGAAACAGGAACAGUGCAAGAAAAUGAUGGAACCAAGAUUGAGCCAAGGCUACUUCAAAAGAAUGAAAUCAAGCUAUCCAGGCAAAGAGCUUACUUUGACGAUGGGUCAUUGCCAAUGCCAAUUUACUGUGCUGUCAGACACGAGAUACAACGUCCAGGAAUUACAAAGCAGGCUACUCUAUCCUCACAAGAUGAAGACAAUGAAGGCAAGAAUGGUAAUGACGACAAGAACGACAAGGAUGACGAUGAGGUCAAUGAAUACAGUGAAGGUAAAGAUGACAAGAAUGAGAAGUACAGCUAUGAAUAUAAUGAAGACAUGCAUGACAAGGAGGACAAGGAUGACCAUGAAGCCAAUGAAGUCAAACAUGACAGGGACGACAAGAAUAAUAAGAAUGACAAGGUCAGCAACAAUGAAGGCUCUCAGGAUCUUUAUCAGUGGUAUGAAUUUACUCCUUUUGAAGUGGGAAGUGAAGAAAUUAAUGCUUGGAUUCCUAUUUGGGCAUUCGGAAGAAAAUUUGAAAAUGGAAUGAAUAUCGAAAGGUUACCAGAACAAAGCAUUGGUGUUCUUAUGGGCAUGUUUGGCUCUGCAUUUGUAGCAAGUCUGGCUCACUUUUAUCAAGAAAUUCGCAUGUUGCUUCCUGCAGCAGCUGUUGAAAAAGCGGAUGAGAUGAUCAAGAAUUAUGAAAGCUCCGCAUCCACCAUUCAUCCGAUCUCACCUGCUUCCUUUCCCAACCCGUUUUAUAAAAUGGCUUCAACUGUGCAAACAAAGGAUGAAAAUGAAAACAAAGAAGAAGUGUUGCGUUCAGAGAAUUUAGUAGGGUCCCAGCAAAUCGAACUUAUGGACGCCGGCAUGGAUAAUAACAUUCCGUUUUAUCCUUUACUCAGAAAAGGCAGAGAUGUCGAUAUCAUUAUAGCUGUUGACCUAAGUGCUGAUAUUCAAGAUGCGCCUCAUUUUGAUCGAGCAGAGGGAUACGUCAAGCGUCGUGGAAUUAAAGGGUGGCCGGAAGGUGCUGGUUGGCCAAAGGAAAAGGAUAAGGACAAUCAACAUGAUCCUGUAGAGAUAAAAAAGAAGGAAAAGGGUAACAAUAGAACACCGGCCGAAACAUCCACCGAAUAUCCCUUAGAUACCUGCACUGUUUUCACUUCCAGCUCUACAGAGACUACGCCUGAAGAUAAAGAUAGCAUAAAGACAACAUAUCCUGAAAACACAAACCCAAUCACGCUCGUUUAUUUCCCACUUAUCGUCAAUAGAAAUUACGAUCCAGAUUUCGAUCCUCAGACUGCAGAGUUCUGUAGCACAUGGAAUUUCGUAUAUACAACCGAGCAAGUCAAUAAGCUUCAUGGCCUUGCCGUUGCUAAUGUUAAGGACAAUAUAGAAAAGGUUCGGAAGGUGGUAAAAGACGUAUGGAAGAGAAAGAGAGAAGAGAGAUUAAAUAAAGUAUAGAUUUAUUAUUUACAAU